CACUCUCCCUCCUAAAUACGUUUUGUUCUUAUUGGCCAUGAGAUUGAGAGACAUUCUGACCAAAAAUACGGGUACGACAAACGGCAUAUUCUAUUUUUUACUAAGGACGGUAAUUCAAGUAGUGUCAGUUUCUUAUAUGGGUUUAAAUUGAUAGACUGUGUGUGUUCAAAAAUUUUUUCAUAAAUAUUCACUAUCAGUUUUUAGUGUUUUCCUUUCAAUAAGCUGCGAAUUAUCUUGGGGAAAUGGAUGGCGUUGGCUUCUCGUUGGCGAUAGGCGCCUUGAAGGCAUUAGCUUUCGUCUACGACGUCCUCACCUUCCCCGUAUAUAUCAUCCUCCAGAGGCCAUGGCGAUUACGCCAACUUUCCAGGAGAUUAAAGGGCGUUAUCGUGGACAUCGAAAAGGAACCGUCUAAAGACUUUGUUAUUGACAUGAAGGAAACUAGUGAUAUUUCUAAAAGUGUUUCUCAAAAACCAUCUAAAAAGUAUAAGGCCAAACAAAUAGAUGAAGAUACAAAAUCUGUAACAUAUCGGUCAACUGUAAAACCUAAAGAUCAUCAUGUAACCAUUAUUCGUGAGAAGAUAGAUACUAUGGCAAAGAUGUUUGAGUAUUGUAGUAAAACGUAUUCGAAUAGACGGUGUUUGGGUACCAGGGAAAUAUUAGCUGAAGAAGACGAGUUACAACCUAACGGUAGAGUUUUUAAAAAGUUUGUAAUGGGUGAUUACCGUUGGAAAAGUUUUUCCGAAGUAAAUAUUUUAGCCACAAAUUUCGGAAAAGGACUUUGCGAAUUGGGUAACGAGCCAGGUAAAAACGUCGCUAUAUUUGCCGAAACUAGAGCGGAAUGGAUGAUAGCAGCCCAUGGUAUCUUUAAACAGAAGAUACCUUUGGUUACCAUUUAUGCUACACUUGGAGAUGAAGCAAUUGCACAUGCCAUUAACGAAACUGAAGUUAAUACUAUCAUUACCAGUUUCGAUUUGUUACCCAAAUUCAAAAAGAUUUUGCAUAUGACUCCUCGAGUCCAGACUUUGAUUUAUAUGGAAGAUCAAUUGAAAAAUCUAGAAACCGCCGAAGGGUAUAAGGACGGUGUAGCUAUUUUGAAAUUCCAAGAUGUCCUUGAGAAAGGAUCUGCGUCAAAUAUUCAGCUUGUACCACCUAAACCAGACGAUAUUGCUAUUAUCAUGUAUACAAGCGGAUCUACGGGUGUUCCUAAAGGUGUUGUUCUACUACAAAAAAAUUUAAUUGCUACUUUGAAAGGAUUUUGUGAUUCCACACCAAUUUACGAUAAUGAUGUCAUGAUGGGAUUCUUACCGCUUGCCCACGUUUUCGAAUUAUUAGUUGAAAGCGUCUGCCAAUUCGCUGGUGUUCCAAUUGGUUAUUCCGGAGCAUUGACAAUGACCGAUUCGUCCAGUAAAAUUAAGAAGGGAACCAAAGGAGACGCCACUGUAUUACGACCAACAGUCAUAACUUGUGUACCACUAAUUCUGGACAGGAUAUCUAAGACUAUUCAAGAAAAACUUAGUAACAGUAGCAACUUGAAGAAAAUAAUAUUCAAAUUUGCCUAUGAAUAUAAAACUACUUGGAAAAAACGUGGAUACAAAACUCCAUUAAUUGACAAAAUUGUUUUUAAACCAAUUUCGAAAAUAGUUGGUGGCAAUAUGAGGUUGAUGAUUUCUGGUGGUGCUCCAUUAUCAGCUGAAACACACGAACAAAUUGGUACUUGUAUGUGUGUUGUCAUAAUUCAAGGUUAUGGACUUACUGAAACUACUUCGUGUGCCUGUGUGCAGGAUUUGUAUGACAUGUCUUUCGGAAGAGUUGGUGCUACAUGUACUGUUUGUGAUAUUAAAUUGAUAAACUGGGAAGAAGGUAAUUACCGAGUGACGGACAAACCUUUUCCUCGUGGGGAAAUAGUCAUAGGAGGUGAAAAUAUUAGCGCAGGUUAUUACAAAUUACCGGAAAAAUCAAAAGAAGACUUUUUCGAACAAGAUGGCACAAGGUGGUUUAGGACAGGUGACAUUGGCGAAAUUCAUGAAGAUGGCGUACUUAAAAUAAUUGAUCGUAAAAAGGAUUUGGUAAAAUUACAAGCCGGAGAAUACGUAUCACUUGGUAAAGUAGAAGCAGAAAUGAAAACAUGUCCAUUAGUAGAUAAUAUUUGUGUUUAUGGAGAAUCAAGCAAAGAUUACUGCGUCGCUCUGGUCGUGCCCAAUCAACACCAAUUAAAAGAUCUUGCUGCUAAAAAGGGUAUCUCAGAAAAAUCAUUCGAAGAAUUAUGCAAAGAUGAAACUUUAGAAAGGGCUGUUGUCCAAGAACUAGCAGAACAUGGAAAGAGAAAUAAACUUGCAAAAUUCGAAAUUCCCGCUGCAGUUAAAUUAGUAACAGAAGUUUGGUCGCCAGAUAUGGGUCUUGUAACUGCCGCGUUCAAAUUGAAGAGGAAAGAUAUCCAAGAACGAUAUAAACAUGAAAUAAAUAGAAUGUACGCCUCCUGAAAGUUAUAUUAUUUUUAAAUGGAUUGUUGAGUAUGUAUAGUAGUAAUACAACAGAGAAUUGUGUAUAUGAGUAUUAACUAAUCAUCGAAAGAUUUCGUAUUAGGCCCAACUUGAUUCUACUGGCAGUUUUUUUAAUAACAGAUUUAGCAUAUGGCACAAUUGUGUAUAAAGUAUUUUGUAUUUUUUUUCUUGUAUAUAUUGAAUUAAACCUAUCGUGUAAGAUUUUAUGUAAUAUUUUAUUUAUAUAUUCGCUUUUUUCAUAUAUUCUGUUUUCUGUAUAUAAGAAUAAAUCUAUAUUUUAUAUUAUUAAGAGUGUUUAUGCCGAGAAUUUUAUGAUAUUUCUAAUGGUUGCUAUCUAUACAGACAAUACAUUUUUAUAAAUUAGUUUAAUUGUCGUUUAUUAUAUACAGGAUAUCCUUUAUUUGUCAUCGUCGUUUGAUAAUAAGUUUGUAAGGAUUUCAAAUUAGUCCUUGAUUAUAUAAUUAGAUAAACGGAUUCUUGAUUUUGCUGAAAAUCUAAUUUUUCAAUUAUUUUAGAAGCUAAAACCGAUUUUGCCGCUGUAGAAGAUAAUAUUUGAAGGAAUUGUAGUGAAAUAGUUAUGUCAGAAUGCCUGUCUUAUUUCUUUAUAAGACACACAGAAAUAAUAUGUGUUAUUACAGCUAUAAGUAUGAUUUUUUUAAUCUUAGGCAGAAAUACUCUUAAGUUAGCAUCACCGUGGUUUGACAAGGGUAGAAGGGAGUAUUUUGUUAAUACUUGUACGUUGUUGCUUAAUUCUUAGUUUAAUAAAAAAUAAAUUGUUCAAUAUUUGAUUGCGUGGUUAAGACUCGAAACUUUCUACCUUGAAGAUGAGUUAUAUCAAUGAUACUCCAAAUUCAGUUUGACAGAAACUACAGAUUAAUAAAUCUGUCUAAACUAUUAUGAACAAUUAAAUAGUGCUUAAUAGCGUUAAAUAAUAUAUAAACUUAGUAGACAGUUUAUAGGUAGAUAUUAUAAAAAAUUAAAAUAUUUUUUAUACCCAACAUUAAUUUAAUUUUCUACAAUAACUCUUUGCUCUACGUAUUAUCGUAGCUCUCAAUUUCAGCCCAUAUUUCUACAAAACGCUUUGUUUCUUGCUCUUAAGAAUACAUCUUCUAGAAAUUAAAAAAUGUAAAUAUUUGUAAUAGAA